CGUCACUAUUUCUCUCAGCUACAGCCGCACCUACUUGUCUUGUUUCUCUUCUUCUGUUAAUUUCUUUUUCUGAAAUAAUCUUCUUCGUCUCUGUUUCAAUUCUCUUGGAAAAAUGUUUUCCCGGAUUUUCAGGCGCUUCCCUAGUACGUCCAUGAUUUCAAAUCUGAAUCGGACUUCUAUGCUUCAUGGGGUACAACCACACGGUAAUGCAUUACCAAGUAAAUCAGUACCCUCCAUGGCCUUCUUCUCUUCUCAGAGAUCUCUAAAAACACGCCUCAGAGAAGGAGAAAAUCUUUAUGGCUUAUUUCUCCUUUCAUUCUCGCCGGAGAUGGCGGAGAUCGCUGCAUUCGCCGGUUACGACUUCAUCGUCAUUGACCUGGAGCACGGUGCCGGCGGAAUCCGGGAGGCGCUUAAUUGUAUUCGCGCGGUUGAGGCAGCAGGAUCCUCCACCGUACUCCGUGUUCCGGAUAAUUGUCAAGCAUGGACCAAGAAGGCUCUGGAUCUCGGCCCGGACGGCAUUAUGUUCCCUAUGAUCGAGACCGGAAAAGCAGCUUCGGAUGCUGUCUCGUACUGCCGGUAUCGACCUGAUGGACUCCGCGGUUGUGCUUACACCAUUGUCAGAGAUUCGAGGUUCGGGUUCGACGAGGAGUAUUUACGUAAUUACUCAGAUCAGCUUCUCAUCAUGUGCCAGAUAGAGUCCGAGGAAGGUGUGAAGAAAGUGAAGGACAUCGUAGCCGUUGAUGGGAUGGAUUGCGUGAUGAUGGGGCCGAGGGAUCUGAGCGCGAGUAUGGGGCUCCUUCACGACCCAGGAAACCCGAAGGUGAAGUCCGUCAUGAUGAAAGCUGAGACGGCGGUGCUAGCUUCGGAUCCGUCAAACGGCGGAGCUUACUUGGCGGGGAUGGCCACGGCUCAGGACAAACCGGUGGAUCUCAGGUCACGUGGAUAUCACAUGAUUCUUGGUGCUACUGACGUGCCUUUGUUUAAGAAGGCAGUGGUUGAUGACGUCAAAAAUUUCAAGUCACAAGUUUUAAGUGUAUAAUAAGAUAGCGUUUUUAACCCAUUGAACUUAACUUGUAGC